GGUUUCAGUUUCGUACUUUGAUGCAGAUCUUGUGUCUGAGUGGCUCAAAACAAUGAGCGAGAGAAGAGUAACAUGUCGCAGAACUAGAGAAGACAGGAUAAGCUUAUUACCCGAUCACUUGCUGUGUCAGAUACUCUCUGAUGUUCCUACAAAGACGGCUGUAGUCACUAGUGUUUUGUCCACCAGAUGGAGAACUAUCUGGAUUUCGACUCCUGUCUUGGAUUUGCACACUCAUGAUUUCCCUAACUUCUAUGCCUUUGCAAGCUUCAUCUCUAGGUUUCUAUAUUUCUCUAAGGGCUCAUCAUGCUUACACAAGCUCAAACUUGAUUUGCGUUUUGGGAGACCUAUUCGAGAUAUCUCUAAUGAGUUACGGAACCUUGAGUUCGUGAGUCGUCGUUAUCUUGAUCCAUCUUACUUGAUCACACAGUGGAUCAACAAUGCAGUUAAAGUUCAACAUCUAGAUAUACUACUCUUACAUCCUCGUAUUGUGGACAUGAUGCCACUAAGCAUCUACACCUGUGUGACUCUAGUAUCCUUGAAACUCUGUAACGUGUCAUUGGCUGCUUCCGAGUACGUUUCUCUACCUCGUCUCAAGAGUCAAGAUAUGCAUUUAGUAGACAACGUUUACCCUAACGAUGCCUUUCUUGAGAAGCUGAUCUCAUCUUGUCCGGUUCUUGAAGAUUUAACGGUUGUUAGACACGGAGAAACAGACUACAACCUUGAGGUCUUACGAGUUGAUUCUAAGUCAUUGAAGAGUCUCGUAGUUGAUCUAGACGGUAACUCGUUUAAGUAUAGUGAUGAAGACACUGGAAAAGCUGUUGUGAUUGAUGCUCCUAGACUUACCUAUUUGAGUCUUGAAGAUUAUCAGUCGACAAGUUUCGUGAUAAGCAAGCUAGGUUUAUCUGCCAAGGUAAAUGUUAAUGUCAGUUUUGAUAUGGACUUUGACACGGAUGUGAUUGACUCCUCAAAGACAAGUGUAGUGGGAACAUUCAUCACCAUGCUAUCUACCGUAAGGGACAUGACUCUAAGUGGAACAACUUUACAGGUCAUCUCUCUCUACUUGAAACACGAACCGCUUCCUCAGUUUCCUUACUUGAUCCGGUUCCAUGCGGUCUUUUAUAACUCUGACUUGGGAAAGUUGCCAAACAUUCUUGAGAGCUGUCCAAAUCUCAAGUCCCUUGUCUUGGAACUUGAGGAGUUUAAGGUGAACGAAGUACUUGUUCUCUCGUCAUAUUCAAUUCCUGAAUGUUUAAGAUCGUCCCUGGAGUGCGUUGAGAUAAGAACACCGAUCAGAGGAGCUGUGCCUGCAAUCGAACUUGUGAAUUACUUCCUGGAGAACUCGGCGGUGCUCAAGAAGUUAAAGAUGUGUUUGCGUCGUGGGAGAAUGAACGAAGAGUCAAACAUUUUGAUGGAACUAAUGAGAUUAAGGAGAUGCUCUCCUUCUUGUGAAGUUGUUGUUGACCUUGAAGAGCUAAAAGAGACUUGUCACAAUAUGAUGAGAUACUACAACUUUUUGUAACACUUGCGAUUUCAAUUUUUCGGUUUGUUUCAGUUUUGUUGGAAGUUGUUUAUAU